ACUUGCGAGGGGUUUGACCACCGGCCUCCAUAAAGAAAAGAGGAGCAUCAACUUUGGUCGUCUUCCCUUCAAACACCGAGAAGAAAAGUGUCUCCGGAGCAUUACAGCAGGGCGUCAGAACCAACAGAGAUGGCCGGCGUGCGCUGGGCGGCCGUGGUGCUGACCGUCUUCCUCUCUGCUGGAGGCAGUCGGGCGGCUGUGGACCAGAACUGGCUCACGGGUAUCGUAGAAGGCCUCAAGAAGGAGUAUGCACUCGGCGACGCCUUCAGUCUGGCCGUGAACGUCCCGGAGGAGCAGGACAUAAACACUCUCCCAGAGGUCUUGCAGGAGGACCCGGCAGACAAAGUGAAACAAACUCUUUCAGAGGGUCAAGUGUACCAGGGCGUCCGGGUGGUGGCGGCGGCGCAGCCGGAGGCCGUUGCCCGAGUGCUCCAGAGCAUGCAAACCCUCGUGAACGGCAGUGCGGGGAACUUCCUCGUCAUCUACUCCGAAGAGGCCCCGUGCUGCCCCGCCGACCCCAACGACGUCGCCGACAAGAUCAACGACGUCGUUCAGAAGUGGAGCGGCUACGCGCUCGUGUUCUCCAAAGUCGCCGACGGGUCCCAGCUGGCCGAAUCCUUCAAGCAGAUCGCGGCCUCUAAACUCGGCCUCGACCACAUAUUCCGCUGUUACAAACCGGGAGAUGAUGCUUUUCGGUGUACCGGGUGCUCGUCCGGUGAAGGAGGUGUCGCGCCCUCGUGCGUGGCGACCGAUGCCCCGUCGAUUACAGAGCAGGGCGGAGGCGACGCAGCAGGCACGGGUGAAGAGACGGCACAGGGUGGAGGGGGAGGCCAAGCUAUAGCCACGGGCAUAGAUGAACUAACAGGUGGGGGCAGAGGAAAGGGGGGAGGCAAGGCUGGGAAGGAAAGCAAGCGUAGAGGAAGCAAAGGUGGCAAGGUUAGGAAGCAAAGCAAGCGUAGAGGAAGCAAAGGUGGCAAGGUUAGGAAGCAAAGCAAGCGUAGAGGAAGCAAAGGUGGCAAGGUUAGGAAGCAAAGCAAGCGUAGAGGAAGCAAAGGUGGCAAGGUUAGGAAGCAAAGCAAGCGUAGAGGAAGCAAAGGUGGCAAGGUUAGGAAGCAAAGCAAGCGUAGAGGAAGAAAAGGUGGCAAGGUUAGGAAGCAAAGCAAGCGUAGAGGAAGCAAAGGUGGCAAGGUUAGGAAGCAAAGCAAGCGUAGAGGAAGCAAAGGUGGCAAGGUUAGGAAGCAAAGCAAGCGUAGAGGAAGCGGCAAAGGCAAAAAACGUGGCAAGGGUGGGAGGCGCAGAGGCCUGAUAAUAUGAACCCAGUGAAGCUGACUGAGACAAAUCAGUCCUGCACGCUUAAUAAAAAUGUGUUUUGAUAGAGUUAAUAACUUCCCUCUCAGCCAGUUAAAACUCGUAUUGCCUGCAGUUGUAUUGUACUGUACUAUUGUAAAGCAUUGCCAAAACCUCUGCUCUCUCUUAUUAAAGCUUGGCUCAGCAUC